GUCCAUGGCAACGCCUACCGACACUACCGGUGACACGGACACCGGCAAGGGGGGCGGUACCGCCGCCGCUGACGGCGCUGAGGUGCCUUGCAGCAGAAGCGCUGGCAGUGGCGGCGCCGCGGCGGGCUUGUGGCUGAGCCUUGCGCCCGCUCCUGCCUUGACCUCCUGCCUGCUGCUGCCGCGGCCGCUGUCGAUGCUGCUGCGGCUGCUGCUGCAGCUGGGGGUGUCACAGGAGCUCCUCCGCUACCUCUGUCGCCGGCCGCACCUCCACCACCGCCACCACCACCGCCGCACCCAUUUUGCCGGACAAGACGGAAUGAGUAAAGAAGAUGAUGGCGAGCUGGAGGAGGAGGAGGAGGAGGAAGAUGAGGAGGCGGAGGAUGUACGACAUGAGCUGCUGGCCCGUGUGCCUCGAGCAGCACGAGGACCGCUGCUGGCCUUGCUGGCUGCGGAUCAGCUCCGUCGUCAUCAGCAUCACCAUGAUCAACAUCACCACCCCUAUCACCAGCAGCAGCAGCAGAAGAAUGGGCUUCAUCAUCCUGGUAGCAGUAGCAGUCCUUCCCAGGGCAGAGGGACGCUACCAGCGGGCAGGUAUCAGCAACCGACCGCCCAACAGCAGCAGCCGCAACAACCAACGCAAGAAGCCAUUCAACCACAACCCCAACUACUACAACAGCAGCAGCAGCAACAUGAAAAGGAUAAAACGACGACGCCACGAGAGGAGGCAGUCCAUGCAGUUGGUGGCACUAGUGCUAGUGGUGGUGGCGGCGGCGACGCUGUCAGCAACGGCAACGGCGGCAAUGGCAGCAGCAACAGUCUGGGUAGCGCGGCGCUGGCGCUAUCCGGUAACAUGCUGCGGGCGGUGGGGCUGGCCCUCACCUCCCUUACCUCAGCCACGUCAGCCGCGGAAACAGCAACGACGACAACACCAGCAGCAGCAGCAGCGCCGGCUGCGGGAUCUUCUGCGGCGCCCAUCGCUGCUUCUGCUGCUGCCGGCUUAGCAGUGUCAGGGACUCAAGCACAGCAGCAGCAACCGCAGCAGCAGCAGCAACAUGCAGGGGUGUCUGCUGCUGCGGGGGGAGGCAGUGGAGGCAGCGGAGGUGGAGGCAGCGGGCUGUACCGCGGAGGGGGGCUGCUGCAGCUGCUGCGGCUGCUGGCGAGCAUGCGGGCGCAGGGUCGGCUGCUGCACCCUCAUGAGUGGCUGCUCUACAGCCGCGCCCUGGCCCCCGGCUGCAGCCCCGCAGACCGCAUGGCGGUGGCAGCGGCGGUGAGCGGAGACAGCGCGGAAGCCGGGUUCUGGAGCCACCUGCCGGCCACACUGGCAGCGGUACGGCAGAUACGGGACGAGGUCACUCGCCUCCGCAUCCAGGAGGCAUCUCAGCACCUGCGGAUGACCUCCAGGACGUCGUCAGCCGCCCCUGCUGCCGCCGCCACCGGCAUUCCCUCUCCCAACCGAACGUCAGCGACCCAUGGGUCAUCACCCCCGUCAUCGACAUCCUCGCAACACCUCUCGGCACCGCCGGCAGCCAUCAGAGCGCCGUACGGCAGUAGCGCAACAUCCUCCGCAAUCAUCGCGCCGGCGGCUGCUACAGCUGCUACAGCCAUGGGUCGAACGAGUGCUGACGGCAGCGGUUUUGUUGUACACUCGUCGUCGCCGACUGGCGGCGCGUCCUCGGUCGCUGCUACUGCCACUGCCACGGCGGCAGCGAUUGAGGCCGCUACCGCCGCUGCUACAGCUGCGACGGCGGCAGGUUUGCCGUACGAAGGCGCCGGCGGAGGUAGCAGCAGCUGCACGAGUAACGGUGCCGUACGGUUGUGGGACGAGCGGUUGGCGGUCGCCGAGGCGCAUGAGCGAAUCAAGUGGCGGGAGGCACCUGGUCGGGCGGUGAGCGAGACGAGUG